AUGGUGGUCACGCAGGCAAGGCUUCCAGACGGAGCCCCACUGGUAGUGCCUAACAACACGACGUUUCAGCAGCUCCAGCACGUGGACACACAACAGGCAGCAAUUGACUCUGCAAUGCAAGAAGGCCAACAGCUAGCGACUGCAGAGGACCAUCUUGUGUGCGUCAAGAUACAAGGCAUCCCAGUCGCAAUGGAAGUGAACGUCAGCGAUAUCCGAUCUGCACUAGGACUCCCUGACUACAGUUUGCGCCCACAAUUUAGAGAGCCCCCAUAUUCGCGUAACGUUGAAUUCAACUUCAAUUGGAUUAAGGUCGGGUGA